AUGGUUGUCUUGGAAAAUAAAUUUUCUGUACAGUGUUCCCUGGUGGGUGAUGGAAUGGUGGGGAAAUCUUCCCUCGCUAAAGCCAUCACAGGACAAGGCCUGGAUGAUGGAUAUAUCGCCACAACGGAGGAUAGUUACUCUGCUUCUAUCACAGUGAAAGAAGAUACUUACUCUUUAAAUAUUUUGGAUUUAUCAGGACAGCAUGAUUACGAUGGUGUAAGGACACAGGAUUAUAGGGACAAUGACAUAUUUGUCGUCUGCUUUAGUGUAGUUGAUCGCGAAUCCUUGGAGAGUGUUCAGGAUUUCUGGAUUCCGGAAAUCCGUCAGAUCGAUAGAAAACGUCCUAUCAUAUUGGUGGCAACUCAGACCGAUCUGAGAGUGGAGUAUUCCGAUUCCGUUACAAAAUCAGAAGGAAAAAAUCUUGCGAAACAGAUAUGUGCUUUCAGUUACGUAGAGUGUUCAGCAGCACGAAGAACUGGCGUUAAAGAUGUUUUCGAACAGGUUGUGAUGGCGUCUCUAAAGAACAGGAAGCGCCGAAGUCUCAUCAAGCGAAUGUUUGGUCGUUGAAUACUGCUCUUGAUGAA